CGUCCGAUGCAAUCGAUAAAAUAAGAUUCCUUUCGCUCACCGAUCCCGACGCUCUAAAAGCAAAUCCCAACCUCAACAUCACGAUUUUUCCUGAUCCUGAAAACAAGGUUUUGAUAAUUUCUGACAGCGGUGUGGGUAUGACCAAAAAGCAACUUAAAGAGAAUUUGGGCACAAUCGCAAAGUCUGGAACUUCCGAAUUCCUGAGUGCCAUUGAAGAGAAAAAAGCAGACGUAAAUUUAAUUGGACAAUUUGGGGUUGGAUUUUACUCGGCAUUUCUGGUAGCUGAUAAAGUAGUGGUCAUCACAAAACACAAUGACGAUGAACAAUACAUUUGGGAGUCACAAGCCAUCAACGAUUUUACCAUCUACAAAGAUCCUCGCGGAAAUACAUUGGGUCGUGGUACUGAAAUCAGGUUAUAUUUAAAAGAGGAUUCACAUUCAUUCCUCGAGGAUGGUGUCAUUCGUGAUCUCAUCGCAAAGUAUUCCGAAUUCAUCAAUUUCCCAAUUUUAUUAUGGACCAAGAAAACGGAAGUUAUCGAGGAAGAUGAAACGGAUAUGCCAGCUGAAGAUCAAGAGAAAGAGUCAAAGAAGAAAACAAAGACAGUUGAGAUACCCGGAUGGGAACUCAUGAAUACUCAGAAACCUCUUUGGGCACGUGAUCCAAAAAAUAUUACGGAUUCAGAGUAUGAAAAUUUUUACUCAUCCCUCACCAAGGAUAAUAAUCCACCUCUAGCCUGGACACAUUAUAAAGGCGAAGGCGAUGUCGACUUCAAGGCCAUUAUCUACAUUCCAUCGAAAGCACCAGACAAUUUGUUCCAAAAG